CGCUCUCUCUCUCAUCUCAUCCCAAUCUCAUUUUUCCGAGAAUCAAAGCGUAAAGACCACCUAACCCUUCUCACCUUCUCCUCCGUUCCCUUUUCGUUUUCUCUCUCUAAAACCCCACUCUCUCUCUUCGUCUUCUUUCUCUCUAUAUGGACCCAUCAACAGAUCCACCGGCGACCACCGAACCAGCAGCUCACAUAGCUCAUGCCGCCAACCCUACUCCCAGCCAUGGCCCUAAUCACAACCACAGCCACCCACCAUAUGCUGAGAUGAUAACUGCUGCAAUCACGGCUCUGAAGGAAAAAACGGGUUCGAGUCGAAAAGCCAUAGCCAAGUACAUAGAGAAGGCCUACUCGAACCUGCCACCGAGUCACUCGGCCUUGUUGACUCACCAUCUCAAGCGACUCAAGAGCAGUGGACAACUCGUUAUGGUCAAGCACUCUUACAAGAUCUCUAGAUCUGUUCCGCUUGCUCCUCCUGGGCCUGGUAAUGCUGUCUCUUCUCCUUCUUCUGCUGCCAAAAGAGGCCCUGGACGACCCCCUAAGCCCAAGCUUGUUACCGAGCCCGUCCUUGGUAAUGGGCCUGGGUCUGGGACUGAGUCGGUGUUUGUCUCACUUGGGCUUGUUGAUGUGCCCACCACGGAGGCGACGAAGCGUCCAGGGCGUCCACCUAAGCCCAAGACUGGGACUGUUUCAGUUGGGCCUAUGACCGUUAAGAGAGGCCGUGGCAGACCUCCGGGCCUCAAGCCCUUAUCUCUUGUGAUGGGCUCGGAUAGGCCCAAGAGGGCACGUGGACGCCCACCCAAAACUGGGCUGACGAGCGUUACCGGGUCAGCUGUUGUACCAAGAUCGAGAGGCCGGCCCAAGAGGGGUGCUUCUUCUUCUGGGGCGAAGGUGUCGGGAAGACCGCGUGGCCGGCCACGGAAGAGCGUCGGUGUUGCUGUUGGUGGCGGUGGUGGCGGUGGUGGUGGUGGUGGUGGAGCUUUGGUUGCCGUUGGUGUCAAUGAUGGAGUACUGCCGGUUUCCGUUGGUGGUGGUGAGGGGGUAGUGCAGGUUCCUCUUGCUGGUGGUGACGGACUAUUGCCGGUGAAGCGGCGGGGUCGACCCCCAAAGUCUGGUGAGGUCAAGAAGCUCAAGAAUCCCAGGAAACUAAGUGGCAGGCCUUUGGGCCGGCCCAAGAAGAAUGCAUUAAUUGGAAUUGAAAUGGCUGCACAACAGCAGCAGUCAGUGUUGGCCUAUGAAGAUCUAAAGGGCAAGGUUGAACAUUUUCAAUCCAGAAUAAAGGAGGCAGUUGCUGUGGUAAAGCCUCACUUAAAUGCUGAAUCUGCAGUUAGUGCCCUCGGAGCAUUGCAAGAGUUAGAAGAUCUCGCAACCAUGGAUGUGAGUGCGCCAUUGAAUUUGAAUGUUGAAGUCCAAGAACCACUUCUCUAAAACUAAGAACAGUUGCACCAAGUACUGAGAGCCUCUUUGGAAGGAUUGAAAACUGCAUUGCCGGGGAUCAGAAGGUUGAGAUGAAGUGUUUCGACUAGAAAAAUAAAAGAAAUGAGAGAGGCUCUGUGGAGAGGGAACAAGACCUGCAGAAGACCUAAAUGUGGUUGUUGAGGAUGAAGAUCGGCAUAAAAUAUGGUGGUUCAACUUUGUGGAGUGGUGGUAGUCAACAAUUAGUACUUUAGUUGGAUUAAUUUGAAUGCAUUGUUAAGAAUUGUAGUGUUAUGCUUGUAAACAGAUGCCAUGCUUUUCGCAUCUGACAACUAGACUGCUGAAAUCGGGCACCUUGUAUCGAAUUGGGUGAAAUUUAACUGAAAAUCAUGGAAGGUUCAGGCAAAAUA